CGUCAUUGAAGGGAGACCAUGAUGGCUGCUGUGGGCGCUGCAGAAGUGAUUACACAGCUGGAGAGCGCUGCCAAAGUUUUAAUGGCACCACCAUCUAUGGUCAGUAGUGAGCAGCGUCAGCAUGCAGAGCACAUAUUCCUGUCUUUCAGAAAAUCCAAAUCCCCAUUUGCUGUAUGCAAACACAUUUUAGAAACUAGCAAGGUGGACUAUGUCCUUUUCCAAGCCGCCACAGCCAUAAUGGAAGCCGUUGUCCGGGAAUGGAUCCUUUUAGAGAAGAGUAGCAUUGAAUCUCUGCGAACGUUCCUUUUAACCUACGUCUUGCAGAGGCCGAACCUUCAGAAAUAUGUGAGGGAGCAGAUUUUACUAGCGGUAGCAGUUAUUGUAAAGCGUGGAUCAUUAGACAAAUCCAUUGACUGCAAGGGCAUUUUCCAUGAAGUCAGUCAGUUAAUAAGCAGUGGAAACCCAACAGUGCAGACACUGGCCUGCUCCAUUCUCACAGCACUGUUGAGUGAAUUUUCCAGCUCCAGUAAAACCAGCAAUAUUGGACUUAGCAUGGAAUUCCAUGGUAGCUGUAAACGUCUGUUUCAGGAAGACGACCUGCGGCAGAUUUUCUUGCUCACAGUGGAAGUUCUGCAGGAGUUUAGUCGGAGAGAAAACAUGAACGCUCAGAUGUCCUCGGUGUUUCAGCGGUACCUUGCACUUGCCAGCCAGGUCCUGAGCUGGAACUUCCUUCCACCUAACUUGGGCCGGCAUUAUAUAGCUAUGUUCGAAUCCUCUCAAAAUGUGAUGCUAAAGCCAACAGAGUCCUGGCGGGAGACCCUACUGGACAGCAGAGUCAUGGAACUCUUCUUUACAGUGCAUCGUAAGAUCCGGGAAGACUCAGACAUGGCACAGGAUUCCUUACAGUGCCUGGCACAGUUAGCAUCCAUGCAUGGGCCCGUGUUCCCAGAUGAGAGUGCCCAGGUUAACUAUUUAGCCCGUUUGGUAGAAGGAUUACUCGGCAUGAUAAAUGGGAUUGAAAUAGAGGAUUCAGAAGCUGUCGGGAUUUCCAACAUUAUCAGCAAUUUAAUAACUGUGUUCCCUCGCAGUAACUUGACUGCCAUUCCCAGCGAGCUCUUCAGUUCAUUUGUAAACUGCCUCACGCAUCUCACUUGUUCCUUUGGAAGAAGCGCUGCCUUAGAGGAAGUGCUUGACAAGGAUGAUAUGGUAUACAUGGAAGCCUAUGACAAACUCCUGGAAUCCUGGCUCACGCUAGUGCAAGAUGAGAAGCAUUUUCAUAAAGGCUUCUUUAUCCAGCAUGCUGUGCAGGUUUUCAAUUCCUACAUUCAGUGCCAUCUUGCAGCGCCUGAAGGCACGAGGAAUUUGACUGCUAAUGGAGUGGCCUCCCGUGAAGAAGAAGAAGAAAUCAAUGAGCUGCAGGAAGAUGACCGGGAGCUGUUCUCAGACCAGUUGGCCAGUAUAGGCAUGUUGGGAAGGAUAGCUGCUGACCACUGCAUACCUCUCCUCACAAGUUUGUUGGAGGACAGAGUAACAAGGCUGCACGGCCAGUUACAGCGGCAUCAGCAGCACUUGCUGGCUUCUCCAGGAUCUGGCUCAGUAGAUCACAAAGUGCUGGAUGACCUGUAUGAAGAUAUUCACUGGCUUAUUCUAGUCACAGGCUGCCUCUUGGCUGAUGAGACUCAGGGCGAGACCCCUCUUAUACCUGCAGAGAUAAUGGAAUAUUCCAUCAAGCACUCGACUGAAGUUGACAUCAAUACAACCCUUCAGGUCCUGGGAUCCCCUGGGGAGAAGGCCUCUUCUAUCCCAGGAUGCAACAGGACUGAUUCAGCGAUCAGGUUACUGUCUUCUGUUUUGAGAACUUCGGAAGUGGAGUCUCGGGCAACGAGAGCAAACCUGACAGACCUGCUGAGCCCGCAGAUGGGAAAGGAUAUAGUGUGGUUCCUGAAAAGAUGGUCCAAAACAUACCUGUUAGUAGAUGAGAAGUUAUAUGACCAGAUAAGCAUGCCAUUUAGUGCUGCCUUUGGUGCAGACACUGAAGGUGCCCAGUGGAUUGUGGGAUAUAUUCUUGAAAAGGUCAUUAAUAACCUUUCGGUGUGGAGUUCAGAGCCGGACCUGGCAAAUGACACUGUGGAAUUGCUGGUUACAUUGGUAGAACGAAGGGAAAGGGCUAAUAUAGUAAUCCAGUGUGAGAACUGGUGGAAUCUGGCCAAGCAGUUUGCCAGUCGAACCCCUCCGCUGCACUCCCUUUCCAGCUCGGUGCAGAGAACCCUAAUGAAGGCCCUGGUUUUAGGGGGCUUUGCACACAUGGAUUCAGAAACUAAACAGCAGUACUGGACCGAAGUUCUUCAGCCUCUUCAGCAGAGAUUCAUGAACGUUAUCAACCAGGAGAAUUUCCAGCAGAUAUGUCAGGAGGAGGAGGUGAAGCAGGAGAUCAUCGCCACCUUAGAGGCACUUUGUGGAAUUGCAGAGGCCACGCAGAUAGAUAAUGUCGUUAUUCUCUUUAACUUUUUAAUGGACUUUCUAAACAACUGCGUCGGCCUUAUGGAGAUUUACAAGAACACCCCAGAGACUGUUAACUUAAUAAUUGAAGUGUUUGUUGAAGUUGCACAUAAACAAAUUUGCUAUCUAGGAGAGUCCAAAUCAAUGAAGCUGUACGAAGCCUGUCUGACACUGUUGCAGGUUUAUUCUAAAAACAACGUUGGCCGGAAGCGAGUAGAUGUGUCUGCAGAGGAGGACCAAUACCAGGACCUUCUCCUGAUCAUGGAGCUUCUCACUAACCUGCUGUCCAAAGAGUUCAUCGACUUCAGUGACACAGAUGAAGUUUUCAGAGGACAGGAACCAGGUCAGGCGUCUGACAGAUCAGUAUCAGCUGCAGAUGUUGUGCUGUAUGGAGUUAAUAUAGUGCUGCCACUCAUGUCGCAAGAUCUGCUAAAAUUUCCGUCUCUGUGUAACCAGUAUUACAAACUCAUCACCUUCAUUUGCGAGAUCUUCCCUGAGAAGAUUCCACAGCUGCCGGAGGAUCUCUUUAAGAGCCUGAUGUUUUCCCUGGAGCUUGGCAUGACCUCGAUGAGCUCAGAAGUCAGCCAGUUGUGUUUGGAAGCUUUGACCCCUCUGGCAGAGCAGUGUGCUAAAGCGCAAGAGACAGAAUCGCCUCUUUUUGCUGCAACCAGGCACUUCCUUAAGCUUGUUUUUGACAUGCUAGUGUUGCAGAAACACAGCACAGAGAUGACCGUAGCUGCAGGCGAAGCGUUGUACACAUUAGUUUGUUUGCAUCAGGCAGAGUAUUCAGAGUUGGUGGAAUCCCUGUUGUCAAGCCAACAAGACCCUGUGAUUUAUCAGCGGUUAGCUGCUGCUUUCAACAAGCUCACAGCCAGCAGCUCCCCUCCCACCCUGGACCGCAAGCAAAAGAUGGCCUUCCUUAAGAGCUUGGAGGAGUUUGUUGCAACUGUGGGGGGCCUGCUGUGUGUAAAAUAACAACUAUGAUGACUUUGGUGAAAGAUUGCACUGCUGGACAAGAAACUGCUAAAGCCGUUUUUUUUUUUUUUAUCGUUUGCAGGCUGCAUUCAUAGCCAAAGGCACAAUAUGCCUAAAAGAGAAUUGAUGGACUGGGAGUAAACAAUUAGAAUUCACAUUUAUUUCCUCAUCCAAAUAUUGUUUACUUAGCCAGAGAAAGGUCAAAGGCCAUUGUGAAUUCCGAACAUGUGCAGAUGAGUAGGCACAGAGAAGAGUUUGUGCAGAGUGCCUUUUAAUUUUUUUGGAACCAGCCAUCUAAGUGGCUAGAACAAACUUGUCUUAAGAGAAAUAUCCAUCAUUUCUGAGCCCUCUUUUGAACCUAGAGAUUAUUGAAGAGUAAAAACAUGUAACAGCUUUGAUAAGCGUUAUUCUUCAUGCAGGGCUGUAGGUAUGUAAUCGUGCAAUGAUGAAUAAAACACCAAAUCGCUUUUGUUAACUCUGGGGAUGUAAAAUGUGUUUUAAAAAAGGCAGGUUUGCAGUUUUGUGUAAUACUGCGGCUGGGAAAAUACUAUUUUAUACCACCUUAAGGAAAGGGUGUGUGUCUUUAUUUUUCAUUUUCUGCUUCCAAUAAUGUAGAAGUCAAGGGUUAUGUGACCUUAACUCUAGGAGAUACAACGCAUUCGUAUUAUUAUUUUUAUAUGAGGCCACCACUGAUGUUGACAUUUCAAAGAAGGAAAAGGACUUUAGUUACACUUAGAAAGUGACGCUCCUUGCGGGUCUGCUAAAGCCAUAUUGGGGAACCAGAGCGUACAUAUUUUUUCUUAUUUCUACCAAUACCCCACCUCUCCCCAGAUGAAACUGAUAUCUACACUGCUUUAGCAAUGACGAUGGAAAGGUUUUCUAACACACAGGGAUUUUA